AGGAGGUAUUGAAAGUGGCAAAGCCCUAUACAACACUCUUGUUUUCGCUCGUGAUUAUGCUAUCACCGUGUUGCUAAGAAGUCUCGUUUUUUUCACUUAGAGUUGUCAUGUUUAUGCGUGUUUGCCAUUGAAAGAUAUCUAUACAGCUGCACCAUCUAAACUUGAAAAACGACGAUGACAUCUAAACUGAAAGUUGGGAAGGUCGGUUCCAAGAGUAAGGAGGAUGCCCCUUAUGAGUUGGAGAGCCAGUUUGUCCUUAGGCUUCCUUCGGAGUAUGCCUCAACAGUAAGAAGGAUUGCACAGUCUAGCAGUAUGAACAUGAAGGACAGACUCACCAUUGAGUUGCACCCUGAUGGUCGUCAUGGCAUAGUUAGAGUAGACCGUGUUCCUUUGGCCUGCAAACUGGUUGAUCUGCCCUGCAUGAUUGAGUCACUCAAAACGGUGGAUAAGAAGACGUUUUACAAGACUGCAGAUGUCUGCCAGAUGCUCGUGUGUACACUAGAUGGAGACCUUUACCCCCCUUUGGAAGAGCCAACUGGCACUGACCCUAAGACCAAAAAGAAGGAUAAAGACAAGGACAAGAAAUUUGUUUGGAAUCACGGCAUCACCUGCCCUCUGAAGAACACGCGCAAGAGGAGAUUUCGGAAGACUGCGAAAAAAAAGUACAUUGAAUCUCCUGAUGUGGAAAAGGAAGUGAAGAGAUUGCUGAGCACAGAUGCUGAGGCUGUCAGCGUCCGAUGGGAGGUUAUCGCAGAGGAUGAGUCCAAGGAAGCAGAUCAACACAGCUCUCUGGCCAACCUGGAUUCCUCACCUGGGACCUCAGGACACAAGAUGGGUCAUGGGUCCUCUGUCCAGCAUGAUGAACUGAGGGAGAUCUUCAAUGACAUCAGCAGCUCAAGUGAGGACGAGGAGGACGAAGGGGACCGGCAUGAAGACGAGGACCUGAAUAUCAUGGACACAGAGGAUGAUCUGGUCCAACAGCUCCAGGACAAACUUAACGAGUCUGAUUCUGCACAGAAUGAAAGUGAUAGAAACAACCAGAUAGUUAUGGAGUACCAGGUGCAGAUCAACAACAUUAAGGCCAAGCUUCAGGAAACUCGUGCCCGCAAGAAACAGCAGGAGGAGCUCAUCAUGAAAGUGGAAAACCAGGCCCUCAAAAACCGUUUCCAAGCCUUGUUGGAUGAGAUUAUUCAGCAGGAGGAGCGGGAGAUGGAGCAGCUGGCCUCCCUGCAGGAGCAGCUGGACUCACUGAUAGAGAAGUGACCACCAGGGGGCAGUCACAUGUCAUCUUCUGGCAUACAGGAAAGACGAGGAGGAGAAAAGCCUUCAUCCAGGGAGAAGGGAGUCUUUAUUGGAAGUUGCUGUGUCAUUCCUUUAAAUUUGUGAUUUUCUUAUUACACAGCACACAGAUUUGUUCACUCAAAGUUUGUGUUUUUAAGUUGACAAAAUGUGUUUGUAGUUGCUGUAUGAUUAAACUGUUCCACCUCAGUGGUUAA